AUGGAUUUCAGACUUUCAAAGGCUACUAAUGACUUUUCUAAAUCCAACAUAAUUGGAUUUGGAAAAUUCAGCAUUGUUUACAAAGGCAUUCUUGGUGGUAGUUUGGGAAUAGUUGCAAAUAAAGUGUUCAAGCUUCAAGUCAGAGGAGCAUCCAAGAGCUUUUUGGUGGAAUGUGAAGCAUUGAGGCAAAUUAGGCACCGAAACUUGGUAAAAAUUUUGGCCGUUUGUUGUAGCAUUGACCACGAGGGUAAUGACUUCUUGGCCAUUGUUUAUGAGUAUAUGGUCAAUGGUAGUCUAGACAAUUGGUUGCACAAUCACUCAAAAGACACAGGAGAAAAUAACAAUUCAAAGAAUUUGAACUUGUUACAAAGGGUACAUAUUGUAAUUGAUGUGGCAAAUGCAUUUGAUUAUCUUCAUAAUCAUUUGGAGACAUGUUUAGUGCAUUGUGAUUUGAAGCCAAGCAAUAUUUUGUUGGAUGGGGACUUAGUUGCUUAUGUGGCUGAUUUUGGAUUAGCAAAGUUUCUUCCCACGAAAGUUACACUUGCAUCUUCAUCUAACCAAGUGAGUUCAUCUUUAGGAAUUACAGGGACUAUUGGAUAUGCAGCUCCAGAGUAUGGGAUGGGAAGUGAUUUGUCAACAUUUGGUGAUAUGUAUAGCUAUGGAAUCCUUUUGCUAGAGAUAUUUACCAGUAAAAGUCCUACUAGUGAUAUUUUUAAUAAUGGCUUAACACUUCAUAACUACGUUAGAAUGAGCAUGCCUGAGCAAGUCACCGAGAUUGUGGAUCCAAAGCUAUUCCACAAAGAAGCUAAUCCAACACCUAGAAGCCUUGUACUUCAGAACCAGAUAACAGAAUGCCUUGUAUCAAUUUUUAAAAUUGGAAUAGCUUGUUCCACGGAGUUACCCAGGGACAGAAUGAACAUUGGCAAUGUCGUCAAGGAGUUGCAUUCAAUCAAAGACACCCUUAUGGAACUCAGAGACAUUAGGAUCAUUUCUCGUUAGAGCAGGCUGUAUCAAGUAAGGUAGCAGCGGAGUUUGCAACGUCAACAAUCCAAUUAGCAAAUCAGAGACCGAUCGCGCAAGGGAGCAAAUUAUGGGGAUUGAUUCAUUCCAAUUGGUCACUUGAUUGAGAAUUUGAUUUGAUUUUAUUUCGUUUGUGAAGUUGGUUAAUUAUGAUGUUUUGAAGAUUUUGCUACUUUCCCUUUUGAAGUUAAUUAGUUUGCAAGUUCAUUGCAACUUCUUUUU